CCACAUGGGCUGGGAGAAGCUCAAGGAACUAACGAACGUGUACUACCGCCUCGAGCGCGAGGUCCAGAAUAAGGAUGACGCUCUCAUGCUGGAGUACCACGUCCGAGACCUGACCAGGGACAGCGCGGAUAUAUCGUACAAGCUGGACCCGACCAGGAUACCACCAGACACAAUCUCAGAGGAGAGCUACGUCAACUGCAUCGAGAACACCAUAAAGAUAGCUGAACAACUCAUGUCGGAAUCCAAGACUUUACGGGAGACGAUGUUCAAAGCGUGUGAACAGGCCCGCAACCAGAUGUAUGCUCAGAGCCAGCAAGUGGAGAUGAUCAUGAGGAGGCGGGUGUAUGACAUACAGAGGGCAAGGAAUGAGAUGGAGUGGCAGAAGUAUAAGCUGGAGACAAACAUGGAAAAAGUGGACCGCGAAAUAACGUCGCUCCGGGCCGCAGUCGCAGAUAAGAUCAAUCCCACCAAACUCGUUGAAACCAGACUGGAAACUCGCACUAGACGACCUGUUCUGGAAAGAGUUCAGGAUAAACCGAUGCGUGGUCUGAUAGAAGAAUACGAAAGGGUUCACAUGAGUACCAAUCAAUUGGAGAAGAAACUGGAAGAAGCUUUGACGACCUACCACGGCAUGUACAACCACCACCAGCGGGUGACAAAGGACCUGCAGUAUAAGAACCAAGCCUUAGAGACCGACCGCCGCCUGAUCGAGAUCCGGAAGCCGAUACACGCGCCCGAUGAGACCGAGUUACAGAGGAGUGUGGGGUACUGCCAUAUGGCUGAUGAAUUGCUCCCGAAGUGAGAGGAAAAUUGAGGUUUCAGCGAUUCAAGCGCUUUUUCCCAACGAGUCACAUCGAAACGAGUAACACUUACUUGUUGGGAAAAAAUUCCCAUCUAAAGCCCGGUCUCCGAGCACGUACAAUUUUGUCCGCACACUCACUGCGGGCGCCCGUCGCACAGUCGCGACAGCAAUAUAAUUACGCGCGAGCGAUAAGGAUGGGUAGCUUGGGGUCAUUGGACAAAAUUCUACGUGCUCACAGACCAGACUAUAGUCACACUGUUAUUGGUUCACAGAGACUUCGUUAUAAAAAACAAUGUAUAAAAUGCAUUAAAAAUCAAAAUACAUAAUAAAUAAUCUAAAGCCUACAGUAAGAAAAUACAGGUUACAAUAUACAGUGUGACCGACGAGUAACGGUGCAACUUGAUGUGAAUUUUUUGUCUCAACAAGUAGGUGUUGGGAACAAAUAAGGAUUUGAACGGAUGUUUAUUGUGCCUUUGUUGCACCGAAUUCGCACAAUUACAGUAGGUAGUGGCUUGGUAAGCAUUAGGAUCCUGAAUGUAUUAAAUAUUAAGAGAAGUCA